AUGACGGGAAAUCUUUGCGGGGACGUGGCCGCCUCCUCCUCCGCCGCGAGCGCCUCCGACAACAAUGUUGCUCCCGCGGCGGCUGCCUCUUCGUCCGCGGACGAGGGAGAGUAUCCGACGGGCUUCCGCUUAGUCGCGACCAUCCUCGCCCUCAUCUUUAGCAUCUUCCUCGCCUCUCUCGACAUGACCAUCGUCGCCACCGCCAUCCCCAAAAUCACCGACGAGUUCGGCGGCAUCGACAAAGUCUCCUGGUACGGCGCCGCCUUCUUCAUGACCAACGGCAGCUACCAAACCGCCUGGGGCAAAGGCUACCGCUUCUUCAGCCUCAAGUACACCUUCCUCGCCUCCGUCCUCGUCCUCGAAGUCGGCAGCCUCAUCUGCGCCCUCGCCCCCAACCCCAUCGUCCUCAUCCUCGGCCGCGCCAUCACGGGCCUUGGCGCCGCCGGCAUCGGUACGGGCGCCUACACCAUCAUCGCCUUCAUCGCGCCCCUAACCUUCCUCCACAUGGACGUCGUCGGCACUUCCCUCAUCAUGGGCGCCAUCAUCUGCUUCAUGCUCGCUCUCGAAAAGGGUGGCCAGACCGAGCCCUGGAGCUCCUCCGUCGUCAUCGGCACCCUCGUCGGUUUCUUCGUCAUCUCCAUCGCCUUCGUCGUCUGGGAGGCCCGCAUGGGUGAGCGCGCCGUCAUCGUGCCCCGCCUCGUCAUGACUCGUUCCGUCGGCAUCGGUAGCCUCUUCGCCGCCUUCUUCGCUGGCUCUUACCUCGUCGUCCUCUACUACAUGCCCAUCUACUUCCAGAGCGUCGCCGGUGUCGCGCCCAUCACCUCGGGCAUUCGCAACAUCCCCUCAUCGUCGCCGUUACCAUUGCCAUGA